GUCCAUUCAAAAUGGCGGAUGAAAACUAAACUUGCUAAGUUCUUAGCAAAGAAGGUGAUAUAUAUUUUCCAUUAUGGCCAGUCCUUGGUCCAAAGGGAGUCCAUUUACUCCACGCAGCUCUCUGAAUUAUUCUUUUCUUGGGGACUCGGCCACAACCUCGAGAAGUCAACAAAAAGUUCCCUUGACUUCUCAGCUACUGGAGGAAACCGACCAGCACAGGGUAGAAACAUUUGGUCUUCCUUUACCAGUUCAGAUUAGUGAGAGACUAGCAGACCAAGGAAGUAACCAGCAUACAACUGUCAGGAUUGAUCAGUCAGGCUGGGCAUGGCUUGUAUCUGGCAGAAAGUUGUUCAUUUGGCGUUUUAUUCCAGCAGUUGGAACAAAGGGAAUGUUUUUUAAGGAGUUAACAUUGCCAGCCUCAGAGUUAUAUCAUGUGGCAGACCUUGUGUGUGUUAUAAGUCCCACCGGAGAUAAUAAGUUGUCUUCAGUAUCAGUGAUGGCAGUUACUCCUGAAGGAUUUGUACGAUACUGGCCUAGUCUUACUCACGAAAGUAAUACAGUGGAUGUUGACACAGAUUUGAUUGGAUCAAAAUGUCAUUCACUGACAGCUUUUCAGCCCUUUGGAUGCAUCCUAUUGACCACCACAAAUGAAUUAUUAUUGCUGACUGGUUUACAGAAGACUGUCAAGUGUCAGAACCUAAAUGCAUCCAGUGGAGUUUUCACAGACCUGGGCCGUCGUAUGACUUCUCUUAUAUUUGGUUCUCAACCUGCUAGUCAAAGAGUAACCAAUUGGCAGAAAGUCCUUGCAAGUAGUAACCACACAGCUGAUAACUCCAGGGAGCUUUAUGUACUCAGUGAAAACCAAUUGUUUACAUGGAAUGUUGUUCGAGUGAGGCAGGGCAGUUUUAGUGAAAAGCUUGUUGCUCAGGUAGGACUGGAAAACAUGUUCAAAGCUGCUGUUAUCAACAUGCCAGAGGGGCGUGGCAAAUCAGCUGAUGAUUUCAUAGUGUGGUGUCUAGAUGUAGCCCAAACAAGCUCUGGGAUCCUUGUCUUAGCUGCUGUUGCUGUUAGGCAACCACAAAGCACACAGCUGUUUUAUUUUCUUGGUGGUGUUAAAACUACUCUGGCCCCUGUUUCACUGGCUAGCCUCACUGCCCUACCAUACAGCGUGACAUACAAUGAAGCUCAAGAGGACAAGCUGCUGGAUUUUAAAUUGCUGCUUUUGCCACAAAGCCCAUCUGCUUUUGUGUAUAAUUCCAACUCAAUAAUUUGUGUUUCAGUAUCUGAAACAAAUGACUUAUUAAACAAAGUAGAUUUGCAGUCUCCAGCAGACAAGAUCUUGGGCACAGGUCUAUAUCAGGACAAAGCACUAUUUUUUUCUUCAAAGUAUGGUGUUAUUACUGUAGCUAUGACAGAGGCUGUAUUGAGUGAGCAAAUGGAUUCUUCAAAUGUUCGUUCAUCAGAGGUUAGGCGAAGAACUGGAGACAUUUCACUUUCUGAUGCAUCAUUUCGAGAUCUUGAUGGUGAUGGUGACCUUCAAAGGCUGAAAUCAGCUUUCCUGUUGUUCUGCCAGGGACAUACUGCUGAGGCUCAGAGUGUUUGUAGAAUCUCAGAGGGAGAAGAGUUGGACAGUGUUGUGGUAGCACUCAGUGAGGAGAUCACCGAUGAUUUCCCUGUCUCUGACCCUCGCUGGGCAGAAUCCAUUCCAGCAGGUGGACUAUCUGCUUCAACUUCGCUGAUCAUUUUUCAUCAGCUGGAAGACAAGUUAAAAGCCCACGUCUUUAUGGUUGACUUUUUAAAGAAUGUUGGCUUAUGGGAAAAGCUUGGAGUUUUUACAUCAAAGGAGGGACAAUUACUGACAUGUCAUCUUAUCUGUGAACAUGGUGAGAAGCUCAAAGCUGCUGCAGCCUUGUGCAAGAUUGAUAAAAAGUAUCAAGGUGUAUUGGAUGGGACGAUUGGAUUGGUGAUGAAGAAACGGCGAGUGAGGUCACAAAUUGAAGGGCUCACCGAACAGGAUUUGUUCUUUAGGGAGGUGUCAAGGAUCUCUGAUAUCUUUGAAUGUCUCCUGGAAUAUGAAGAACAACUAAUUGUAAAGCAGAGGUCAACUUCUUCUCAGCCACAAACUAUUGCAGCAGUAAAUACAGUAUUAAAGGAAAUGCUGUACGAGGCAUGGCAAUACAGACAGGAUAAUUUUGAAACUUAUCAACCUAGCAACACUUCAACAGAAAUGAACUUUGAGCAUGUGCCUUGGACAGCAACCUCCGGACCAGAUGGAGUACGAGCAGUGCUCUUAAAACAGAUCAAAUUAACAGCUCAGCUGGGAAUGGGAGAAACCACUGAAAAACAGGCUAAGUCACUUUUGGUUCAACAUAUGGUUGAUUUAGCUGAUAUUUUGUUGGAUGGUUAUGUCAAACAACUCCAGUCCUUACGGAACUGUCCAGGAAUAAAGAGUCGUUUUGACGAAGUCAAUCAGGAGUUUGAACAAGAUAGAAGGACUGUUAUUUUACCAUUAGUUCAUCAAGGUCAGAGGUCGCACGCGGCGUCCCUUGCAGAGAAGUAUCACGACUUUGGGGUUUUAAUUGAACUGUGUGAAUCAGCUGGUGAUCAAGGAACUCUGCAGAAGUACAUGACACAGUUUACAGAUCAGGGCUUUUCAGAUUACGUAUUCAAGUGGUACAUGGAUAAAGGAGAGCGUCAAAAGUUGAUGACAAUACAUGUACCUGAAUAGCAGCACGGUGAUUUGUCGCGAUUCCUUUCGUCUCAUCACCAUUUGUCCUGGCUUCAUGAUAUUCACUUGAAGUCCUUCUAUCAGGCACAUGGAACUUUAAAGGGUUUGGCAAGUGAAGAGACGUGUUAUUUGACGAAGAAAAAGACACUUUUGAGUCUUAGUAAACUGGCUCUUUUAGCAUCGGAUGAAAACAAUGAAGCAGAGCUGGAAGAAAUAAUCAACGAACAUAAUAUCAUACUUCAUCAAGAAACGCUACCAUCUGCAGUCUUACAGCACGCUGGAUUAGACCUUGAUUCCAUGGCUCCCUUGUCACCCUCAGAACUGAUCGAGUUCCAUAUUGGAGAUAAAAAUCCCAGAGCCAAUGAAUACGAUUUCAAAAAAGCUCUGGACAUUCUGCAUCUUGCAGUACAGACUGGUGCUUAUGAUCGGGAGCACGCUACAGCCACGAAACUUCACAUUUGGCGCAAAGCUCUACUGAGAGACGACUGGCCUUCGCUGCCCACCAAAGACCCCCUUAUGACUGUUAGAAAUACUGUUUUCUUCAAAACUGUCGAACUGGCCUACAAUCAAGGUAUUCAACUCCAAGAGUUUAUUCCUUCCCUGGAGUCACUGAUUGACGGAGAAGAAUUGAAAAACCUUGGUUUGUCUAAAAACACCACAUUUCGUUUUCUCCUCAAAUCUGGAUACGAACAAAUGGCAAGGGCGGCUGCUUUGUCAUCUUGACUAACUAACUGUUGUUUAGUAAAGUCAGACAAAAGCUCUGUCUCCAAAGAACUUGUUAAAAAGGAUUUCCUUAGAAUGUUUUCCGACAUUGCUAUCCUGUUGCUCCAAUGUGUGGCCAAAGAGAACUUUUCCUAACGACAUCGAUGCAUUUUUAAGCAGAGAAGGGGUGAGAAGAAAAAUAUUAGCGAAGGAUUGACUUUUGGAUCUUAGUAGUAAAAAGCUUAACAGCUGCAAAAUAAAUGUGGAUAGCUUUUCUAAAGCUUCAAAGAGUA